AUGGGCCGAAUCACCGAAUGGCGAGAGUUACCAGUGUCAUUGAAUGAACUCUGUCUUGCAACAACGCUCCGCUCCGGCCAGUCAUUCAGAUGGCGCCAAUGCCAUGAGCAGACUUGGGCAUGUACACUUCGUGGCCGCAUAGUACAACUGUCGCAGGAUAAAUCACAUAUCCAAUAUCGAUCGAUAUGGCCCUCGGCAAUCGAGGCUCCUCUUACACCUCCUUCGUCCAUCCCCCCUACGGUCGACGAAGACGAUGACGGAGAUGACACCGGAAACCUCAUCCAACACUACUUGAACCUCGAGCCAAAUCUUGAAACCCUCUAUGCCCAGUGGUCUUCCGCCGAUCCAAACUUUAAGAAAAAGGCGCCCAAAUUUACUGGUGUCAGGAUACUGCGACAGGAUGCCUGGGAGGCCCUGGUGGGAUUCAUUUGCAGUAGCAACAAUAACAUCAUUCGCAUAUCGCAGAUGGUUGAUAAACUGUGUACUCACUAUGGAACAUAUAUCGGGACACUGGAUGGUCGACCGUUCCAUGAUUUUCCGGAGCCAUCAGCCCUGACCGGCAGGGAUGUCGAAAGCCAUCUCAGAGAAUUAGGAUUUGGCUAUCGAGCAAAAUACAUAUACCAAACUGCGAAAAUGAUCGCCGAGGGCCACGAAUCAGGUUGGUUGGACAGGCUACGCAACCCGGAGAGCCCGGCGUAUGGUCGAAAAUCGUCGCCUGCCGGUGAAAUGAAACCUGAAGGCCGGGAAGGCUAUCGAGAAGCAUACGAGAAACUCCUCGGGUUACAUGGUGUGGGCCCCAAAGUGGCAGACUGCGUGUGUCUGAUGGGAUUGGGAUGGGGUGAGGCUGUCCCGGUGGAUACACAUGUCUGGCAGAUUGCACAGCGAGACUACAAGUUUGGAAAAGGGAAGUAUAGCAGCCUGACCAAAGCGACAUAUGAUGCCGUGGCCAAUCAUUUCCGCAAACUAUGGGGCAAGGAGGCUGGUUGGGCACACAGCGUUCUCUUCACAGCUGACCUGCGGACAUUUGCAGAACAGCUGACGACAAAGAUCGAAACAAGCACUGAACGAGGGGCGACGGAGGAAGUUGAGCUUAAGAUUGCGGAAAGAAAGACUGUGCAGCGAGCCACGGUUAAGCGAGAACUCGAUCAAGAUGAAUCAAAUAGCAGUGAGCGGGUGAAACGCAGGCGACGCAAGUGA